AUGCGCGAGGCUCCCUCUUCAGAGGAAGGGAAUGAUUUGAUCUUUGUCCGCUCUUUGAACUUAAAAGCGACUACCGGGGUUGACUUUUGGAAACGCCCUCGACCACAGCCUAUCCUACUCUCCAUAUGGCUUAAGAGCUCAGUUGCGCUUGCUGGGUCAACGGACCACUUGCCGUACAGCAUCAAUUACGGGACCGUUGCAAAAUCUGUUUCGGCCCUCGUGGAGGACAACAAUUUUCACUCCCUCGAACACCUCGUCGAGAAGGUUGCUCGACUAGCAUUGAGUCCAGUGCUAAACGGAGAAUGGGUCAAGGUUGUAGUGGAGAAACCUAGAGCACUUCUCAGGGCUGAUGCGGCCGGAAUUUCAAUAACACGCAAAAAAGAGGCAGAUGGCUCGGUAGUUGUAGAAGGCGAGGAUAAGGUCUUCGUAAAGAACCUGAGGCUUGUUACAAUCAUCGGUGUCAACUCAUACGAACGCCUGGAGAAGCAAAAUGUGGUCAUUAACCUGACCAUGCACAAACCAAACGAGUCCAAGAAAUCAGCCAAUCUCGAGUCAGAACAAUUGGCCAGCGGAGAAACCCAGGCUGGAAAGUUUGACCCUAGCUACGACUUCCGCACUGUUGCGCAGCAUAUUACAGAACACAUUGAGGCUUCGGAUUACAAGACAGUCGAGGCCUUCGUCACAGCGAUUGCCCGCGAGGCCUGCGUCAAAUGUGGUGUAUCGAAGAUUACGGUUCAGGCCGAGAAGCCUAGCGCCUUGACUUUCGCCGACUGUCCCGGCGUCGAGAUCACAAGAGAAAGAUCCUUCUUUAACCUUGAGGAAUUCUCUAGCGUUGGUGAAGGCAAACACGAUGUUUUUCUCGCUAUAGGAAGCAACGUUGGCGACCGCUUUAAAGCUGUCAAGGGCUCAUUGGUCGAACUUGAGAAGAGAGGAAUUACUGUCAAAAGAACAAGCAAUCUUUAUCAGAGCGCGCCUAUGUAUGUUCUAGAUCAGCCAACGUUUCUGAAUGGGGUGAUCCAGGUAGAAACUACUCUAUCUCCUCAUGAUCUGCUGAGGACAGUCAAAGAGAUUGAAGAUACCCUAGGCAGAGUAAAGGUCGUCGAGAAAGGACCACGCUCAAUCGAUCUAGACAUUCUUCUAUACGAUGAUCUGACGCUGAAUACCGAGGACCUGAUAAUUCCACAUGCAGCCAUGUUGGAACGAGAAUUCGUUCUCCGUCCCCUCUGCGAUAUCGCUCCCGAGCGGGCCCACCCCCUAACUUCCACGGCAUUUAAGCACCACCUCUCUGCGCUGCCCCCCGCGCCACUCAACACCCCCCCUCUCCGCACCUUUAUGUCUCUCUCACCUCACCUGCCUCCCCUCGAUCCCUCAAAUCCCCACCGCCCCACCCUUCUCAUGGCCGUGCUCAACCUCACCCCAGACUCCUUCUCCGAUGGCGGCAAGCAUCUCCACUCAUCCCUCAUCACAACCACGAACGCUUUUAUCGCCUCUGGUGCCUCCAUUAUCGACAUCGGCGGCCAAUCCACCCGCCCAGGUGCACAGGAUGUCGGCGCCGACGAGGAGAUCCGCCGUGUGAUCCCAGCUAUCAAGGCAAUCCGUGCUGCAGGUAUCACUGUCCCGAUCAGCAUCGACACAUACCGUGCCUCUGUCGCCAAGGCGGCUGUAGAAGCAGGCGCAGACAUCAUCAAUGACAUCUCUUCGGGCCGUCUUGACCCAGACAUGUUUGCGACUGUUGCGCAGCUUGGCGUGCCCAUCUGCAUCAUGCACAUGCGCGGCACACCAGUGACAAUGAAUCAGCACACGUCCUAUCCCGACGGGGUGAUCGCAACUAUUGCGUCAGAGCUUGCUGAGCGCGUUCGGGCCGCCGAGGAGGCUGGUAUCAGGAGAUGGAACAUCAUCCUUGAUCCGGGCCUAGGGUUCGCAAAGACCAUGGCUGGGAACCUCGAGGUGAUCCGGAACCUGGGGCAGCUGACAAGGUGGGGUGGGGACCUAAAUGGAAUGCCGUGGCUGUUGGGGCCGAGCCGGAAGAGGUUUGUGGGAACGAUCACGGGCGUCGAGAUGGCGGGAGAGCGACAAUGGGGGACAGCGGGUGCUGUGGCCGCGUGUGUGUGCGGCGGGGCCGACAUUGUUAGGGUCCAUGAUGUGGACGAGAUGAAGAAGGUCGUGGACAUGGCGGUGGCCAUCUGGAGGAGUUCUUUAACGGAUGUUUAG